GCGCCGGCCACUCCGCGGGACGCAGCCGCUGCGAAGCGCCAGGCGGCCGGGCCAGCGAGCUCCGGGGGCCGCAACUGGCGGGGGGACCCGGGCGGGCGAGCGGCCGGCGGACACCCGGCGGGGGUUCCCGCGCGGGGCCAGGUGGAGACCCGGGGCCGCGAUGGGCCGCCGCCGCCUGCCGGUCUGGCUGUGCGCCGUCGCAGCGCUGCUCUCGGGGGCGCAGGCCAAGGGCACUCCGCUUCUCGCGCGGCCCGCGCCGCCCGGUGCCUCCCGCUACAGCCUCUACACGACGGGAUGGCGCCCGCGGCUGCGCCCAGGGCCGCACAAGGCCCUCUGUGCCUACGUGGUGCACAGGAAUGUGACCUGUAUCCUACAGGAGGGAGCAGAGAGCUACAUAAAGGCUGAGUACCGGCAGUGUGGAUGGGGGCCCAAGUGCCCCGGGACAGUCACGUACCGUGCAGUACUCAGACCCAAAUACAAGGUUGGCUACAAGACGGUGACGGACCUCGCCUGGCGUUGCUGCCCCGGCCUCGCUGGAGAAGGCUGCCCUGAGCACCUCACGGACCACGAGACCACCCCACCCCAGCCAGAGCCUGAGCCCCAGAUUCCCUCUGGGCAUCUGGGCCCAGGUCCCAGGCCCCCUCCUUCUAGCAGAGCAGCCCCCAGCCCCCACGGAAGGAAAGGCCCCGGGCUGUUUGGCGAGCGGCUGGAACGCCUGGAGGGUGAUGUCCAGCGCCUGGCACAAGCGUAUGGUACCCUCAGCGGCCUGGUGGCCAGCCAUGAAGACCCCAACAGGAUGACUGGUAACCCCAGGGCUCCUGCUGUCCCUGUGGGCUUUGGGGUCAUCCCCGAGGGGUUUGUGAACCCUAGAGACAGAGCUGGACGGCCACUCACACCUCCCCUGGACGAGAUCUUGAGCAAGGUGACGGAGGUGAGCAACACGCUCCGGACCAAGGUGCAGCUGCUGGACGAGGUGCACGGGCUGGCCCUUGGCCACGAGGCUCACCUGCAGCGGCUGCGGGAGGCCCCCCCAUCUCCACUCACCUCCCUGGCACUGCUGGACGAAUACAUGGACCGACGGCUGCACCGACUCUGGGGGAGCCUGCUGGACGGCUUCGAGCAGAAGCUACAAGGUGUUCAGAGUGCGUGCGACCUGCGGGUACAGGAGGUCCGGCAGCAGUGCGAGGAGGGCCAGGCGGCCAGCCGGAGGCUGCACCAGAGCCUGGAUGGCAGGGAGCUGGCUCUGCGCCAGGAGCUCUCCCAGCUGGGUACCCGGCUCCAGGGUCUGAGUGUGGCUGGCGGGGGCAGCUGCUGCAGCCAGCUGGCCUUGAUCAGUGCCCGUGUGGACAACCUUGAGAGGAACCUGCAGGCAAUCACAGAGACCCAAAGGGGCCAUGGCCCCCCCACCAGGGAUGAGCUCACGCGGCUCUCUGCUGCCAUGCUCGAGGGGGGUGUGGGUGGGCUGCUUGAGGGCCUGGAGACCCUCAAUGGGUCGGAGAGUGGAGUGAGGGGCUGCUGUCUUGGAAUGGAGGAACGGGGAUGGGGUGUGCGUGGCUUCAGGACCAUGCUGGAAGAGCGUGUGCAGAGCCUAGAGGAGCGCCUGAUGACACUGGCUGGGGAGCUAAGCCAUGACAGCACCCCACCAGGCAGGUCGGCACGACCCCUGGUGCAGACAGAGCUGGCCGUACUGGAACAACGGCUGGUUUCCCUGGAGACCUCGUGCACCCCCAGCACCACCUCAGCCAUCCUGGACAACCUCGUGGCAGAGGUGAAGGCCUGGCAGAGCCGGAGCGAGGCCCUCCUACGCCAGGUAGCCAGCCACACAGCCCUGCUCCAGCAGCUCAAUGGCACUGUGGCCGAGGUCCAGGGGCAGCUGGCAGAAGCAACAGGCAGCUCACUCCAAGGUGAGAUCACCCUGCUUAAGGUCAAUCUGAAUUCUGUGAGCAAGUCACUCACAGGCCUCAGUGACUCCGUCAGUCAAUACUCUGAUGCUUUCAUGGCUGCCAACACAUCUCUGGACGAGCGGGAACGCAAGGUGGAGGCCGAGGUCCACGCCAUCCAGGAGCAGGUCAGCAGCCAAGGCUCACGGCUUCGGGCUGGCCACAGGCAGGUCCUGAGCCUGAGGGGGGAGCUGGAACAACUCAAGGCCGGUGUGGCCCAUGUGGCCGGUGGGCUAAGCCGCUGCCAGGACACAGCCCAGGAACUCCAGCAUGCAGUGGGCCACUUCAACCAGAGGGUGGCCCAAGUGGAGAGUGUGUGUGGGAAGCUGAGCCUGCUGGUUGUAGGCUUGGACAGCUUGCCCACUGAGUCACUUAGGCCCAAGGAGGGCCUGUGGGGCCAUGUGGACCAGCUGAAUCGUACGCUGGCCCAGCACGCACAGGACAUCGCCCGCCUCCGAGAUGACCUACUGGACUGCCAGGCCCAGCUAGCUGAGCAGGCACGGCCAGGGCAGGCUGACUAGGCUGGCUGGACAGGACCCAACCCCCAGAUCCCACCAACCCUGGGGACAUCACCCCAGAGCCCAGAUGAUGCCUCCAAGCCUCCCCUGGCCAGCAUGGAUGCCACUUCAGAGGCCCUUGAAGGAAUAGUCUUGGUUCAGCUCCAUGUGACUGUCCCAGGCACCAAUAUCCAUGCUCAGUGCUGCACCAACUGGACAAUUCAGGAAAGCACUCAGGGCAAGUACAUCAUGUCUGAGGGCCAGUGUGGACCUAAGAAACCUCAAUCCAGUCUGCAAAUUGCUCUUCUGCAGAUACACCAGAGUUGGCACCUGUGCAAAGACCUACAGGUCCAUUCUUAGCCCGUGGUCUGCCCGCAGCUCCCUUCGCCUGCAGGCAAUAGCCUCUGGCCUGGGGAGGCUUUUGGUCCCGUUGUCCCCGACUUCUCUCCCCAGCCAUCUGGGCUCAGUCUCUGCAGGAAGGUGCUGCCCUCUGGCACUGUCCUC